AUGGUGAAACGUCCGAGACUCAAUGACUUACCAGAUGAAUUGAUCUUGAAGAUAUUCUCAAUGCUUCCGAACUUUGAAGAGAGCGUUGCAACAAAUCUCAUGUCAAAACAGCACGAGGAUCCUUAUAAACUGGUGUCGGACGUCACGUGUGAAGAUGAUAAUGAGGAGAGUCUCGUGACUUUCAUGAGAUUUGUUUACGGAUCUUUGUUGUCUGACGAUGAUCAGAUCCUACUGAGAUUGCAUCUCAAGCUUGUCCGAAACUUUUCGGCUUCAGAAAUCAGCCCUAUAUUUUGGGUUAAUAGAUCUGUAAGAAAGCUGAGAUUCGACUUAUCUGGUGGAACCCUAGAUUUGCCGAGUUGCUUGAGUACCUGCACAACCCUAAAAUCAUUGAUACUCCGUGAUGUUAGAAUCGAUGUUGUUCCAGUAGGGUUUUCUUUGCCGUCUCUCAAAAGUCUGCACCUUUUCUCGGUUGACUUCUCGCACACGGAAUCUAUCGCAAGUCUUUUACGAGGUUGCCCGGAUCUUGAAUAUUUGGUUUUAAACCAAACCAGCUAUGACUAUUGGGAAUUUGGUGAGGUUAGGUUUUGUUUGUUGUCACUAAAAAGUCUGCUCCUUUUAUCGGCUAGAUACUAUACUGGUGGUUCUCUUACACGUCUUCUACAAAGUUGUCCGGUUCUUGAAUAUCUGGUCGUAACCCAAACCACCGAGCGUUUUUGGAAUUUUUGGGAUAUACCACCUGCGUCUUGUCUUUCAUCAAUCAAAAGUCUUCACCUUACAUCUGUUAGAGUCUGGAAUGAUGAAUCUAUUGCAACGCUUUUAAAAGGGUGUGCAGCUCUUGAAGAUUUGGUUAUAAUCCGAACCGAAGAUGACAAUGUGAGGAUAUAUAAUAUCAGUGUGCCUACUUUGAAGAGCUUAACUAUCAAUAACACUAGAGAGAAACGCCUUGACGACAAGGAGAAUCAUGGUUUUUGGAUAAAUGCUCCUGCUUUGCAGACUUUGAACAUUAAGGAUACUGUCAGUAACUUUAUAAUGCUUGAGUUUAUGCCAGAAGUGACUAAGGCGAAUAUCCUGGCUAAUUGUGUCCGACCUGAGAAUUUCAUAGGAUCUCUUACCUCAAUCCAACAUCUUUCUCUAUGUUCUCGAACUUCCGAGACUCCAUAUCGUAGUGGCUCUAUCUUUCCCUAUCUUGAACAUCUAGAGCUAUGUACAUGUUCUCCGGGAUGGGCCAAUCUUCUUUCUUCUAUACUCGGCGACGCUCCAAGUCUUCAUUCUCUCAAGCUUAAGUCACAUCAUAGUGCCCCUUACAAUGAUCCGAAGAACUUUUGGAAUGAACCAGCAGUUGUUCCAAAAUGUUUAUUGACGCAUCUAGAGAUCUUUGAAUGGAGGCAAUAUGAAAACACAGUGCAGCAGAGGAUAGUGGCUGCGUACAUACUAGCAAACGCUACUUAUCUAAAGAUAGCAACAUUUUCAACAAGAAGUAGACGCAAAUAUUAUCGCAUGGUCAUGAAGUUAAGGAAGCUGAACAGAAUUUCGAAGACGUGUCAAUUAGUUUUUGAGUAA